AUGAAAGUUAAACGAUACAAACGAGCUAAACGUAUUCUUUCUGUUUACCGUCAUAACUUUGGCUUGCAGCCACCGUAUCGAGUUCUUCUUGAUGGUACUUUUGCUUUAGCUGCAUUACAGAAUAAAAUCAAUUUACGAGAACAGAUGCCUAAAUACUUAAAUGAUGAGGUGGAUAUUUGUGUAACCAGUUGCGUCUUAAAAGAACUGGAGAAUCUUGGAUCUACGGUGUAUGGUGCAUUACAUAUUUGUAAACAGUUCGAUAUUGAACCGUGUCCUCACGAACCCAUUCGAACAGCGGUUGAAUGCAUUAAGCACAUGGCUAGACGAAUGAAGCGUAAAAAAAUAUACUUGUUUGCAACACAGGAUUAUGAGCUCACUAAAGCGCUAAAACAAAUCCCUGGGGCACCAAUUCUUUUUAUCAAAUUCAAUGGAAUCAUGAUUGACAGGCCUAGUGAAAUUACAAUGCAGGAAGUAGAAAAGCCGAAGGAUGAACUGAAACAAGUAAAAGAGUUAAAAAAGGCAGUAUUUGGUGAGGAGAAAAGAUUAAUACGAAAGCGAAAACGUGCGAAAGGACCGAAUCCACUGUCAGUUAAGAAGAAAAAGAAAAAAAUUGAUGGGGUUAAUAGCGGAAUUGGAGGCACAUCACACCAGUCUGAUGUGAAAAAACGUCGCAGAAGAAAAAAAAAAGCGAGUGUGAACAAGCAAGAGCAAGCUGAGGUCACGCUUUAA